AACCCUCUCAGUAUUACCUCGUUGUUUGUGGGUGUUUGGUGUCUGCAAUAAUCGAACAGAAAUGGUACAGGUGGAAGAUAUGUCCGCACAGGAGGCAGAAAUAGGAGCAUUGCUACGCUCCAUAAUUUGUCUACAAGGUAAAGACGGAUUGCCAUUAAGAGAUGUCCAGGAAGAAUUCAGAGUGUACGUGGGCCAUCCAAUUCCCUAUGAGAAAUUCGGAUUCUCCACACUCAGAGAUUUCGUCGCCACACUUCCGGACGUCUACAUCGUAAAAGAUUCGCUCGACAACGAGGUUCUGAUUGAGCAAAGCAAAAAAAGUGCCCACUUAAAAGAACUGAUAUUGAAACAGAAGAAAAAUCCGAAACGCAAGCCGCAAAUCGCAUUCGAUUCGCAAACAUCCAUCAAUCUGAUCAGAGCUAAAAGGCCGAAGAAUUAUUGUCCAAGGGAUUUGGUUCCCGAAGGGGCGUUUUACCACACAUGUAUUAACAAUAAUGUUUCCGUUACACAAUCGGAUCGGUUCAAUCAGUUUGAGCAGUUGGAAUCAAUUUUGCCGCUGUUCUAUAAUCAUCAAGCGUUGGGGGAUGAAUUUUUCUUAGAUAUUGCAGACACAAAAUAUGGAUAUUAUGUUCCAGAAAAUGGUCCAAAAAAGUGUGGGUUAGUUGAAUGUGGCUCAACCAUAAAAUCGUUAACCGAAAAAAUAAAGGCUGCAGAAUAUAUUGCACCAAGAGUCGUCGUUAUGAUAGGGUUCAACGAUUUGAUUAUGGAUUCGAGUGUUAAUCAAAUGAUAACUGACUUUAGACAUUUAAUUAGAGAAUUAAAACGUCGCGACACUCGCAUAACUCUUUUGACAUUGAUACCUUCGCCAAAAUUGCCAAACAGCGCUAGAUUGCAGAGGAAGAUGGAGUUCUUCAACUUGGCAAUUAUGGAGUACAUUACUGACAGUGAGUUUCAAUGCAACGUUAUUGACAUGAACAUGAUCUUCGAGAAUGAAGCACAAGCUUUUAAUCGAGACUUUGACAGGUUUAUUAAAGUGGUUAAAAAGGACCCAUACAAGGUUUUCUCAGAUUAUGGUAGAAAAACGUUUUUGGCUGCUUUAAGGAAAUGCUUGCGUGAACAAAUUGAAGCUGGUCAUUAAGUUGACCAGUACAGACAAGUUAAAGAAUCGAAACUUCUUUUAAAUUUAAUGUCUGUAUGUGAUUUUUUGUUAUUUAUUUGAAAUUGCCAAACAGUGACGAAUUACAGAAGAAGACACAAUUCUUCAGCUUGGCAAUUAUGAGCUACAUUUAAUGACAGUAGAUUUCAACGCACCAUCUUUGAUGGUCGAGAAUAAAGCACAAGCUUUUUAUCGAGACUUGUAACGAAGAUGGCUGCAUCCUUGGCUGUACAAAUUGAUGCUGGUCAUUGAGUUGACAAGUACAAAUAAGUUAAAAUAUGUUUUAAAUUUUAAGUAUGCAUGUUAUUUAUUGUUAUAUACUUUUUAUGUAGUUUAUUUGUAGAUUUAAAGUUUUUAGAUUAAGUUAUAGAAACUGUUAUGGGUUACAACAAUUGAUUAUCAAAUGUGGAAAUCUCCUGUAAUAAGUUUUACGACAAAACUUUGAAUACAGAUUACAAAAAAUAUUUAUUUUAACAUAGUACCAAAGAACAUACAUGCAUACAAGGUUUUUUCUGACAAUAGAAGAAAAACUGUUUUGUAUGCUAUAAGGAAAUACCUGCGACAACAAAUUGAAGCUGGUCAUUAAGUUGAUCAGUACAAACAAGUUAAAGAUACUUAAUGCGUGCAUGUUAUUUUAAGUUAUUUAUUUGAAAUUACAGAGGAAGAUACAAUUCUUCAGCUUGGCAAUUAUGAACUACAUUUAAUGACAGUAAACUUUGAUAUAGACUUGAUGGUCGAGAAUAAGGCACAAGCUUUUAAUCGAAACUUGUAAGGAACACGGUUGAUUUAAGUUUAUGUUUGGCUGUACAAAUUGAUGCUGGUCAUUUAGUUGACAAGUACAAAUAAUUAAAAUAUGUUGUUUUAAAUUUUAUGUAUGCAUGUUAUUUAUUGUUAUAUAUAUUUUUAUGUAGUUUAUUAUAUAGAAUUAAAGUUUUUAGAUUAAGUUAUAGAAACUGUUAUGGCUUACAACAAUUGAUUAAUUGUUAAAUGAAAGAAUCUCCUGUUAUAAUAAAAGUUUUACGACAAA